AUGGAUGCCCGUGCCGACUCAGAGGGCAACAUCAAUCUCAUAGAGGCAGCGGCAAAGAAGGGUGCUAAGCGAUUCCUACUUGUGACCAGCAUUGGAACGGGGGACUCGAAGGACGCUGUCGCCAAGCAGACAUACGAGGUGCUGGAGAAGGUGCUCAUCGAGAAGGAGAAGGCCGAGAGGCGGCUCAAGGAGCUCGGCUCCGAAAUGGAGUAUGUCAUCAUUCGUCCGGGUGGCCUGAAGAGUGAGCCUGCAACAGGGGAGGGCUUCCUCACAGAUGAUAACACCGUUUGUGGAAGCAUUCACAGAGACGAUGUGGCAAGCCUGGUGGUGGACGCUCUUUUCAGCGACAAGGCCACAAACAAGGUGUUGGCAGCUUUGGACAAGAAUCAAGUGAAUGGGAAACCAGUGCUCAAGCCUUUUGAAGUCUAA